AUCAGUUCCGAAAUGAUUUUCCAUGUACUCGCUUUGGUUUGCACCAUUGGGUCCUUGGCCCACGGUCUUCCUUUCACUGAAAUUCCGGAGGAUGAUAUCGUACUUAUUCCAGAGCAGCUGGAAUUUUUUGAAGGAAACCAAGCAAGUCGUAUUGUUAAAUCGUGGACACAGUAUUACUGGAAGCAGAGCACUUUGGUCUACAGUUUUGGUGGUGGAUUGUCUUCUUCGGACAAGGCUCGAGUUGAAAGCGCCAUGGCAGAAAUAUCAUCUCAGACCUGUGUUAGAUUUCGCCGUACAGAAAACCCUCGAGAGCCACAGGUUAUAAUUCAAAGGCAGGGUUCUGGUUGCUCGUCCUAUGUGGGAUAUUUGGGUCGAACAAACCAGGGUCUCAAUCUGGCCAGGGGCUGUAUGUCGAGUAGAACCAUCCAGCAUGAGCUACUUCACGCCCUGGGAUUUUAUCACACCCAAAGCGAUCCACAAAGGGAUAAUUAUGUCCAGAUACAUACGGAAAACAUUAGGUCAGGCCAUGAACACAAUUUCAAGAAGCUUCGGGCCAAUGGAGUGACUAAUUUCGGCUUGGGCUAUGACUACGACAGUAUCAUGCACUAUGGUCCUUUUGCAUUCUCCAAAAACGGCAAACCAACUAUUGUUCCCUUAAAGGCAGAUGCAAAAAUUGGCCAAACCACAAUACUUAGUCCAAAGGAUGUAGAAGCACUAAAAAGAAUGUAUUGCUGAUUUUAUAAUUACAUAAACUUAAUCUCAGAGGCUGAUAGAUCAUUGUCUAUUAAAUACAAAAAUAUACGUAAUAGAUUUUCAA